CGGGCAGGACCAGAAGUCUGGAUAACUGCGCAUGCGCAUAGAAGGUUGGCGGAAGCAAGGUGUAGAAUGUUGUCCCUAGACCCGCGAUAGAAGCCGACCUCACUCAGGACUAGGAGCUUGGUUUUGCACCUGCGGAGGGAACAAAGGGGGAUUCCUGCCGGGGAGCCGCAAUGAACGCCAUCGUUGUGCUUUGCCACUUUUGUGAGCUGCACGGGCCUCGCACCCUCUUUUGCACGGAGGUCUUGCACUCGCCUCUUCCGCAAGGGGCGGGCAGCGGAGACAGCCCCGGGCAGAGUGAGCAGGCAGAAGAGGAGGAAGGAGGCAUUCAGAUGAGCAGCAGGAUCCGGUCGCACAGCCCGGCGGAAGGUGCCAGCGCAGACUCCAGCAGCCCAGGGCCAAAGAAGUCCGACAUGUGUGAGGGGUGCCGCUCUCUGCCUGCAGGGCACCCGGGCUACGUCAGCCAUGACAAAGAGACCUCCAUCAAAUACGUCAGCCACCAGCACCCAAACCACCCCCAGCUCUUCAGCAUCGUGCGCCAGGCCUGCGUCCGCAGCCUCAGCUGUGAGGUCUGCCCGGGACGCGAAGGCCCCAUCUUCUUUGGCGACGAGCAGCACGGCUUCGUCUUCAGCCACACCUUCUUCAUCAAAGACAGCUUGGCGCGCGGCUUCCAGCGCUGGUAUAGCAUCAUUGCCAUCAUGAUGGACCGCAUCUACCUCAUAAACUCCUGGCCUUUCCUGCUGGGCAAAGUCAGAGGCAUCAUCGACGAGCUUCAGGGCAAAGCGCUCAAGGUCUUUGAAGCUGAGCAGUACGGAUGCCCCCAGCGGGCGCAGCGCAUGAACACAGCCUUUACGCCUUUCCUGCACCAGCGGAACGGAAACGCGGCUCGUUCCCUCACCUCUCUGACGAACGACGAGAACCUGUGGGCCUGUCUCCACACGUCCUUUGCUUGGCUCCUGAAGGCAUGCGGCAGCAGACUGACAGAGAAGCUUCUGGAAGGUGCGCCCACAGAGGAUACCCUUGUUCAGAUGGAGAAAUUGGCUGAUCUUGAGGAAGAAUCAGAAGGCUGGGACAACUCUGAGGAGGAGGAAGGGAAAGCUCCUAGCCAGGGUGACGCUCGGGAAUCCCGAGAGCUUGUCAAAAGCCCCACGGACUCCUCCCUCACCUUGGACUGCAGCAACUGGAACAUGGCGCCCCGGAACCAGGGCUUCCGGUCCCUCCGGCACCUCAGACAGGUUCUGGGGCCUUCCGCUUUCCGCAUGUUGGCGUGGCAUGUGCUCAUGGGGAACCAGGUCAUUUGGAAAGCGCGGGACGCAGACCUUGUCCAGUCCGCCUUCGACGUCCUUCGGACCAUGCUGCCCAUUGGCUGCGUUCGGAUCAUCCCCUACAGCGACAAAUACGAGGAGGCUUAUCGGUGCAACUUUCUGGGCCUCGCUCCCCACGUGCAGAUCCCGCCCCACAUUCUGUCAUCUGAGUUCACUGUCCUUGUGGAAGUCCGCACGGCCACGCGGUCGAGCCUCUACCCUGUCUUGUUUGACGAUGAGCAGCCUCUCAGCAAAUAUGAAUUUGUGGUCACAAGCGGGAGCCCCGUGGCAGCAGACAGAGUUGGUCCCACCAUCUUGAACAAGAUUGAAGCGGCCCUGACAAACCAGAACCUCUCUGUGGAUGUGGUGGACCAAUGUCUUGUCUGCCUUAAGGAGGAGUGGAUGAACAAAGUGAAGGUCCUCUUCAAAUUCACGAAAGUGGACAGCAGGCCGAAAGAAGACACCCAGAAGCUGCUUAGCAUCUUGGGAGCGGCCGAAGAGGACAACGUGAAGCUGCUGAAAUUCUGGAUGACCGGCCUGAGCAAGACCUACAAGUCUCACCUGAUGUCGACGGUCCGCAGCCCGACUUCUUCGGAGUCUCGAAACUAGGAAACUAGAACUCUUUCGGUUCUGCUUGAGGAAACCUUCACUUGAACCUUCAGCCUGGAUGUUCUCCAUGCAGCAGAGCAGCCUGGCUGUUUCAGGAUGCAAGGGGACACAGAAUCUCAUGGCGUAUCCUCCGCAGAUCAGAGCGUGCUUCUGUGUGCUGGUUUGCAAUAGGUUUGGAGCGCCUUCUCCUUCCUCCUGAUGGUGAAGCUUCUUUGGCAAGAAAGCUGUUUCCUCUUGAAAUCUGAGGACUGAGGGGGCUUCUGGACUUCUUCCUCUGUGACACCAGGCUAGAGGGGUGAGGUGUUUUAUUACCUGGUGAGGCUUCAUCGACACCUUUCGUAAUCUGGUGACCACACAUGGCAGCCUGAGAAUCUGAAUUAGUCUAGGGAUGGGUUGAAAUGGUAUCUCAAAUGCCCUGCAGCAUCUAAGCAAAAUUAAGUGGCUACUAUUUGAUGCCCCUCCAAACUCACAGACAGGACUAUUCCUGAGGGGGCGCCUGUCCCGACGUCUGCAUUUAGGAACCAGUUUGCAACCAUCCUGUUCCCCCCCACGUUUGGAAGUUCUUCCUUCAGUAAGCAAGCCUGUAUUGUGGGAAGUGACCUUUGAUUCCCCAAACUCCCCAUCUCAAGAAUCAUCCAAGAAAAGCCGUCCAGCUGGCUGAGACGCUGAAAAAGACAUGUUUGGCUGCUCUAAUUUGAACGAAUUUGUGGAGACCUCUUCUUCUCAGGCAAUGGGAGGACAGGAAGCCCUGUCACCCGCCCUGCGCGGGAAGCUAGGCCGGAGAGAACUGGGAAGGAAGACCACCCUUCCAGGUGAGGUGAUGAUACCCAAUUUGCAUAUUGACCUGCCUAGCGGAGCAAGUGGGGAGGGGACCACCCUAUUCCAGGAUGCCCUCUUCCUUGCAGCAAAACAGAAGCUGACACUUAAAAAUAAAUGAAAUCUUGCACCAAAAGGUCCUGUACUGUAUUCUGGAGGAAGGCAACGUGAACUUGCAUCCCUGUUACCCAGAGUUAUGUUGUUGCCUUGCACUUUUAGCAAGAUCUGACUCUUGCCUACUUACUAAGACUUAUUGCCAGUAGCACAAGGAAAGGAAGCAAAAGAAUUGUUUUGCAAGUGCGUUGCAGCUUUAUAUCCUGCAUGCUUACAUACCCAGAUCCUCUUCCUAAACUACUUCCAUGCGCAAGAGCUCAUGCAUUCAGUUGCAAAAUGGGAGAAUAUUUCAAGGGUGCCAUUAACUCUCUCCUGUUGGUUUCAGUGGGACUUGAAGGAUUAAUUUUGAAUGGAUUGUACCCAAUUGUACCCAGCCUAGGAAGUAGUAGCUUUUGCUGCUGCACAGCCUAUUUCUAGUGAAAUGGAAUUUGCAGAAAUAAUUUCUUUUGAAACGUGUUCAAGAACGUAAACAUUAGUUAGUUUCCCCCCUUCCCUUACCCCAUGAAGUUUUUAUUUCUAAUUGCAUAACUAAGGUGAUGGUGGGCAAACUCCACAACUCUCCUUUGCUGGGAAAGAAAACCUAAACUUAAAAUAUUUAAUGUUUUAUUUUAAAACGGGGAGAAGUGAAAAAAAUAAUAGGUGAGCCUAGGUUUGCGGUGUCUGAUUUUAACAUUUUUUAUCUUGGCGUAUGCGGUUAACAUAUUUAUACUAAUCUACUCUACAGGAAGAUUCCUCUAACAAAACUAGCUAUUAUUUCCAUUUUGGAGAUGUUAGCAGCUCCUUAUUGAUUUUUUGUUAAUUAUUUCAAAGAGUGUGUAAAAAUGCGAACCAAUAAAAAAAAAUGUUGUAUUUUUUCCCCUA